ACCAAUGAGUAAAACAGAGCAAAAAGACUCGAAUUUUGAAUCGAAAACCAUCUCGUCUUCCUUAUUACUUCUCUGAGACUUUUACGGCGAGCCUCUAGUCGCUCUUUCCUCGUCAGCCCCAUAAAAAAUUUCCUGACUUUUCUCCGAUAACUUAAUCUCUCGCCCCAGAAAAUUUCAGUUUCUGUUCGUAAAAUAUAGCUGUAGGGUUUCUCGUUUGUCUCUCCUCGACGAAUUUUCCCAUUGAUUGGUUCGUUUUGGAUCUGAAGAGGUGUGGUGUGGGGUUGGAUGAUCAUUCUAAGAGUGUUUCGUUGAGGCUGUUAAUGAAUAUUGCUUUAAGAGACGAGGAGAAUUUGCUAUUUAGCUUCUCGUACUCUUUUCUGAGAUUUCUCAGUUUCUCAAGUUUAAGUUUCAAUAAGAGAUCUGCGGCGGUCGUAAACCCUAGGUUUAGAUGGGAUAAGGCGUUUUUUUCAGAUUAAAGGAGAGAACGUUCCGAAUUUGACUUAAGUUGUUGAGUUGAGAUGGGUUCUUCACAAGGCUCCACACUCUCGGCUGAUGUGAUGAGCCUUGUGGAUACAUUGCCUGUGCUUGCUAAAACCCUUAUCGCUGGAGGAGCUGCUGGGGCCAUUGCUAAGACUGCCGUUGCACCUUUGGAAAGGAUCAAAAUUCUAUUGCAGACCAGAACAAACGAUUUUAGGACCCUUGGUGUGUCGCAGUCGCUAAAGAAGGUGUUACAAUUUGAUGGUCCUCUCGGGUUUUAUAAAGGAAACGGGGCGAGUGUUAUUCGGAUUAUUCCUUAUGCCGCCCUUCAUUACAUGACGUAUGAAGUUUAUCGUGACUGGAUUUUGCAAAAAAAUCUUCCUUUAGGUUCUGGUCCAAUUGUUGAUCUUGUGGCUGGUUCAGCUGCAGGCGGAACAGCAGUUUUGUGCACAUAUCCCCUUGAUUUAGCUCGCACUAAGCUAGCUUACCAGGUGUCUGACACAAGACAAGUUGGUGCAAAUGGAUUUUACCGUCAACCUACAUAUUCAGGCAUAAAAGAGGUGCUUGCAAUGGCUUAUAAAGAAGGGGGACCACGUGGGCUCUAUCGAGGCAUAGGGCCAACACUGAUUGGUAUCCUUCCUUACGCGGGCCUUAAGUUCUACAUAUAUGAGGAAUUGAAAAGACAUGUUCCUGAAGAGCAUCAAAACUCUGUUCGAAUGCAUCUACCUUGUGGAGCUUUAGCUGGUUUAUUUGGCCAGACCAUCACUUACCCAUUGGAUGUUGUUAGGAGACAAAUGCAGGUAGAGAAUCUACAGCCUAUGACGAGUGAAGGUAACAACAAGCGUUACAAGAACACAUUUGAUGGGCUCAACACGAUUGCUCGAACUCAGGGUUGGAGACAGUUGUUUGCUGGUUUAAGCAUCAACUACAUUAAGAUUGUUCCAUCGGUUGCGAUUGGAUUCACUGUCUAUGAGUCAAUGAAGUCAUGGAUGCGGAUUCCACCGCGAGAAAGAUCAAAACCAGCAUGAAGAGUCUUUGCUCAUUCACUAGAGACACAGAAGACAGAAGAAGAACACAAAAUUGUUAGACAGAUUUUACUUUUUUUUUUUUGUAACUUCCUCUGGCACAUAAAAAAUCCUUGAUAGUGAUUUAUUCUUUGAGAAGUUAAUCAAAAAAAAAGGUUGAUUGA